UCACAAAUAAAACCAGGCCGGUUACGUUUCCAAUGAUGACUUUAUUUAUUUAUGAAGAAACGAAAACAAGGAAAAACAGGGUAACUUUAUUUGUCUACCCAAGCCAGGCCAGGCACUGCACAUAAAAGCGUGAAUGCUUUGGAUCAACAUUCAAAAGUGAAAAGUCUAUUUCAUCUUCAUAUAGAUUUCUGACAAAUUAAAACCAAAAUCCCACUGGAAAUUGAUCCACAUGGUAUUGCAGGUUUAGAAACAUCGCCCAAAACCCACUUUUUCCAGAUCAUCUGUUCCUGAAAUCAAAGUCCAUAGAAAAAAAUGGGCGUCCGCUGCUCAAAGGUCCCUUUUAGCAGCUGGUGGAAUUCCAGCCUCAAGCCUUCUUCUCAUCUCCUGGAUUCACCAGACCUGGAGAAUGCAGAGGAGGGGAUCAUGGGUGGGCCCAGCUUUACUGGGUUCAGCCUGGAGGAGCUGAGGGAGGCGACGAAUGGGUUCUCGUCGGAGAAUAUAGUGUCGGAGCACGGAGAGAAAGCUCCCAAUGUGGUGUUCAAAGGGAAGCUGAAGAAUGGUCAACGGAUUGCGGUCAAGCGCUUCAAUAAAUCUGCUUGGCCUGAUUCCCGGCAAUUCAAGGAUGAAACGAAGGCAGUGGGGAGUCUCAGAAGUGAGAGGCUGGCAAAUCUGAUCGGAUAUUGCUGUGAAGGGGAAGAGAGACUGCUAGUAGCUGAUUUCAUGCCUAAUCAGACCCUUGCAAAGCAUUUAUUUCACUGGGAGAGUGAGCCAAUGAAAUGGGCAAUGAGAUUGAGGGUAGCCUUAUACUUGGCGCAAGCUUUGGAGUAUUGCAGAAGCAAGGGUAGAGCAUUAUAUCAUGAUCUGAACGCUUACAGAGUGCUGUUUGAUCAGGAUGGCAAUCCCAGGCUCUCCUGCUUUGGCCUAAUGAAGAAUAGCAGAGAUGGAAAAAGUUAUAGUACAAACCUUGCAUUCACCCCUCCAGAGUACAUGAGGACAGGAAGAAUGAUGCCUGAAAGUGUGGUUUACAGCUUUGGAACUAUGUUGCUUGACCUUCUCAGUGGCAAACAUAUUCCUCCGAGUCAUGCACUAGAUUUAAUCCGUGAAAAGAAUUUCCGGAUGUUGAUGGAUUCCUGCCUGGAAGGUCAUUUUUCUAAUGAUGAUGGAACUCGGCUAGUUAAUUUGGCCACAUGUUGUUUGAAUUAUGAAGCGCGAGAAAGGCCAAAUACAAAGUCUCUUAUUGAAUCUCUUAUGCCCCUCCAAAAGGAAUCAACGGUACCAUCAUACAUCUUAUUGGGUGUUCCUGAAGGAGCUGCUACCCCAUCAGAAGCACUUUUGUUGACACCAAUGGGUGAAGCCUGCUUGAGAGUAGAUCUCACAGCAUUUCAUGAAAUAUUGGAGAACGCUGGAUACAAACAUGAUCAAGGAAUAGAGAAUGAGCUAUCUUUCCAAGUAUGGACAGAUCAAAUGCAAGAAUGCCUAAAUUUUAAGAAGCAAGGCGACUCAGCUUUUCGAGCCAAGGAUUUUGAAAAAGCCAUUGAUUGUUACACACAGUUUAUUGAUGGUGGUAGCAUUGUGUCACCAACAAUUUAUGUGAGACGAUGCAUAUCUUAUUUGAUGAGCGACAACGCACAAAAAGCUAUCGGAGACGCGCUGCAAGCUCAAGAAGUUUCGCCGGAAUGGCCAACUCCUUUCUACCUACAAGCAACUGCUCUUUUCAGUCUGGGGAUGGAAAAUGAAGCCCAAGAUGCACUUAAAAGAGCCACCAAUUUGGAAACUAAAAGGAGCAAAAAUUAGAAGCAUUACAUACUUUCAUUUUCUUGAUGUUUAUUCUUAAAGAUCUCUUGUAUUUAUUCCCAUAAAUCUCUUUUUCAACUUGGAAAGAAUAUCAUAGGACAAGUUGAAAAUAGCAAACACUUCUUGACAAGCAAUCCAUGCCUAUGUAGCUACAUUGUGCGUAUAGUAUUGUUUCCUAUCAUCUACUUCCUUUUGUUCACUGUUUUCAAUAAUUAACAAAAAUUGUGUAGAUGUUCAUCUGGUUUCUUGUGUCCCUAUAUAGUGCCAUUUAUGGAAUAAUUUGACAAGAGUAGG